AUGUCCACCUCUAGAACCCUAGAUUCUUCUUCUUCAUCAUCGUCAUCAUCACCGUCCUUCAAAGGCUAUGAAGCAAACCAGACCCAGAUGGUUCUGUCUCUUCUUCAGAGAAACACAUCUCCUUGUGGUGGUGAGAAAAGAGGAAGAAGGAAACAAUCAGAACCAGGAAGGUUUCUUGGAGUCAGAAGAAGACCUUGGGGAAGAUAUGCUGCAGAAAUUAGGGACCCCACAACAAAAGAAAGACAUUGGCUUGGAACUUUUGACACUGCUCAAGAAGCUGCUCUGGCUUAUGACAGAGCUGCUCUGUCCAUGAAAGGAAGCCAAGCUAGAACAAAUUUUAUAUACUCUGACACUACCACCUCUUUUCACACACUUCUUUCUCCUUUGCAUGUUCAAUCCCUUUCACCAACCUAUCAGACCAGUGCUAGUUCAGUAUCUGAUCUGUCUCAUCAGAAUACUUCUAAUAAUUCCACUCAACUUCAUCAGAUUCAGCCUAAUUUUCCCACUGCCCAGAUGAACAAUGAUAUGCCUGUUUCUUCAGCUGAAACUGAGAACUUGUUCUCGUUUUCUGGUGAUUCCAACUCUGGAUAUUUGGAAUGUGUGGUUCCUGAUAACUGUCUCAGAAGGAACAAUGAUGAGAGUUUUGCUUCAAGUGACCACCCGAAGUUCCAAUCUCAAUCUCAUCAACAACAAGGCCUCAAGAUUCCAACAGCGGCAUGCGAAAGUUCAGAUUUUUAUUCAUACCCAGAUGAAAUCUCUCAGGGACUGUCGUGGGAUUCUGAUUGCAGUGAGCUUUCUGCUAUAUUCAAGAACAACCCAACGAGGGUUGAAGAAGAUGAGCGCUUCAUUGUGAAUCCUCGGAUCAGUUCAAGCUAUGAUCUAAUGACUGAGGAAUUUGCUUCAGCUUCAGCUUCUUCAUAUAACUUUGGAGAUGUUGAUAUGGGAUACUCAAUGUCCUAA